AUUUUAUGCCUAACUGUCUGCCUCUUUCUUUUGCAGGCCCAAAACGUUCAGCUUAGCAAAGAUAUGACUCUCGCCAGUAACCACAGCCUAGCAGAAGGAAACCUCUUAUACCAACCAAAAUUAGACGCCCUGAAAGCCUCAUUAACCCAAAAGUAUCAAGAGCUACAGGUUCUCUUCGAAGCGUAUCAGAUAAAGAAAACCAAGCUAGACAGACAAUCCAAUAAUGCUUCACUGGAGACCCUUCUUGCACUUCUUCAGACAGAAGGGGCCAAAAUUGAAGAAGACACUGAGAACAUGGCCGAGAAGUUUCUGGAUGGUGAAGUUCCACUGGACACCUUCAUUGAUGAAUAUCAGAGUCAAAGGAAAUUAGCUCACUUGCGGCGGGUAAAAAUAGAAAAACUCCAAGAGGUGGUACUGAAAGGACCCCGACGGCCCCCGGUGCCCCCUCAGCCUGUGCUUCAGACUUCAGAGGCAAAUACGCCUCCUUCUGUCAUGCCUCGCCGUAAUCCCCCCCCUCCUCCUCCAGGGUCCGUGGUCCCAGCAGGACGUUUUCCGACUCCUUUUGUGGCGGCGAUGAGCGCGGGGCCAGCCCUUCCUUAUCCAAGCAUUCUGUAUCCUCCAAUUCCCCCGAGAACAGGAGCUCCACCACCAGGUCAAGGGCCGUUGCCAGGUUACCCAAAUCCGUUUGUGCCGCUGUACCCGCCCGCCCUGCCUCAGCGGCCCCCGCCUCGCCUUCCUCCCAACCCCGGUUUUAUCAUGGAAUGAAAAUGCCAUUGCGUCCUGAUUUCUGUACACUGGUGCUGACCUUUUACGAUCCUUAAAGCUUGGAAAGUCAACCGAAGUAGUGGGAAAUCAACAGCGCUCCGUGCACAAGGGGAACCCUCAACGGAUCCUGCAAACGCCACUGGUUUUGAUCAAUUUUUUAAAAGAGAGAAUCAACCUCUCCAUCAAGCCCUUUCCUAGAUGGGUGUGAAACCCAUGUAGAAUCGGUGAAAUGCUUCCAUUAUAAACAGAGACUUGCCUCGUUCUUCAGAGGAGAUUUGAGCCAUGUGGUGGCCUGCUGGCCACUUCCCAGGAGAUCUCAGUUCUUUUUACUCCUUGACUUGGGCACGGGAAACAAAUUCCAGAAAAGAACCCCGUUCUAAUCCCCGAAAGGUUAGCUUUUGAAUAUAUGUUCUGAGAACAAAGUCACACUGAAAUGGCAAUAAAGGGAUUCGUGGUGGUGGCGGUGGUACAAAAAACAUGUAGAAACUAGUGAGUUUGUGGUUCUGAGUUAGCAAAACUUUGUAUUAGCCCCAGUGGGGGGCAAGUUGUUUGCCCUCUAAUGUAAUCCCAUCCAUUUCAGCAACAGGCUGCCAAUUUCAGUGGGCGGGUGUGGGAAAAAUCAACGACUUGUACAUAUGAAAACCUCAGGAUUUAAAAAACAGCAAAUGGGAAUUUAAAUCUCCGUUCUUGAGGAUUAGUCAGGAAUACACAAUCUGUGCCACUGGAGCAACACCAUCAUUCUGCUUCUUGUUCCUCUCUUCACCCCACUUCCUUUCAUAACUUCUUGCUUGUGGUGAGGGAUAUGUGUCUCUGACACAUUUUCCCAGCCAAGUUCUAGAAAGUCUUGGCCUUUAAUGUGUCUGUGUCUUGGGGAGCAAGUUCUGCCAAAAACACUCAUGAGCCCAAGCUUGACUUAAUGCUUGUUUCUAUCUUAGCCAAUUAGUUCCUCCAGCUUUAUAUUCUCAUUCCUUAACCCUAAACCAAAGUUAUCCUAUAACAGGGAACCUCAUGUCUGCUUCAGAUUGGGUCAAAAAGUCUCUCCCCCCCCCCUUUUGCUGCUUCUUACAAAUCUUUUGUGUGCUUCAGAAGUUAUACUUUUCCAAAAGACCAGGAAUCUCUCAAGAUAACAGGACUACUGUUGUUUUUUUAAAAGAAAAUAAGAUGUGUGUCCCUGAGGUGAAACAUUCACACGUUUGGAAAAAACCAGAUUGAAAGCAGCAUUUCCUAUUUAACUAGAGCAUCCAUCUCUGGGCAAGUGUCUUAACGCAUCUCUGGUUGAUUUGCAGUAUAGUUCCACGUAAGACCUGUUUCUUAAAUAGGUUGAGUUUUGUUGAUAUCACUAACACUUCCCUGAAAUCCGUGUUGCCACAAUCAUGUUCUUGAAGAGAGGGGGCAGCUUCACACUGGAAAGUUAUUUGAAGGGAGUGAUAACAAGGGGUAGAGGGAGCUGUGAGAAACACAAGUGUGAAGUUGUGAGAACACUGUAUCAAUUAUCAGCUUCUGUUGCCAUUUGACUUUCCGCUGGUGCAGAAUGUCAUCUGAUUUAUCUUUCUGGAAGAACCCAGAGCAGUGAAUCUAGACCUUGAUGCAUACACUCCAGCGUUUUUCUCCUGCUCGUUACGUUCUGUGACUUCUUAACAGGACUCUCUAGUUCACGUCCUCCUCAUGGCGACCGAAGCUAAGCAUUUACCAUGCUUGCUUAACUAAGCCCUGGGAAAUGCGUGUUGCAUCAUAUUUAUACCGUUCUAAGCUCUUCCUCUUUCCAAGAGUGACUUAAGAAUAACCUUAUAAAAAAUUUUUAGAGCAAGAGGAUCUUUUCUUCAAGCCAUAACUUUAGGUUGAAAGAUAAAAAAUUGAGGUUAUACUCUUUUGUCAGUUUUGCCAUUGUAUACUUGGGAUCAUCUGCAAAAUGCCCCUUUCUCCUUAGGGGCCAGAUUUCCUUUUCUUGGGCUAGAAUGAUCCUUCUGGAUACAAAAUGUUGAGGUUGGCCGAGGCCGGUAGUUCCAAACCAGUUAGAGCCUGCUGUAUGAACUAUUUCACCCUGUGGAGAUGUGGGCAAUUGUGAAAAAAAUAGACUAAGGGAAAAGCAUUUUUAUUUCUUGAAAAGACAGCGAAGGUAUACAAGUAUUACUCAGCACUUUACACCCAUGUGAUUCUGUCAUGAUCUGUAGCACUUAUCAGUUUGUUUCUCUCUGACGCUAACUGCGUGUGAGACACGCAAAGCUUCUGAGGCCACGGCUUGUUAACUGGCUUUGUGGAUGUGAUUCUCUCAAGGGACCUGUUCCUACAUGCUCUUCAAAAAGUUGCUCCUUGCAGGACAACCCUCUGAGGCACUCCCGUGCCCUGAGAGAUAUCCAGUGCUGGAAAAGACGCGUGAUUUGCCCUCGGAGGGAAUCGUAAGCUUCAGCUUAUCUAAAGAACAGCUUUUGGAUGCAUCUCAACCAGUUGAGUGUCCUUGAGCGGAUGAGUCACUCAAAUUCCUUUUGGGCCCAGUGGGUGACUUGCAGAAGUCUCGGUUGUGUUAAAGACUCUCGGCAGCUUAAGUCACAAAGAUGAGCUUCGAUGCCAAUUGUAUUAGUCUUUCAGCUUGUCAUGGCAUCGCGCUAUGGAGCCAAGGGCGGGCAUUAAGGCAUCCAUUUCUCGGCACUGACAUCAGUUAUGACUUCCUGCCUUUUUCAUUUUUUAAUUGAGAAAAAGCGUGGCUCUCAGUGUUGUAUGUGAUGUGUUUUCUACUCUUCAAGCAUUGCAGAUUCACAACAUAAUUGGAUGUUGCCCAGAUGUUAGAAAAGCAGCCUUAGUUUUAGGAAGAAGCCCCUUGUUGGACACCCUUGCGUAACUGAUGCGGCAAAGUAUGUUCAUAGGUGACUCUGCUCCAGGAAGAGGCCUCAGGUGCUUAAUGUUUCAUCAGUCAUACAUUCUCAAGGGCCACAUGUACUCAAGUUCAUGGCGAGGAUGCUUUGCUCCAGUUUUCACGUGUCACCGCUGGCUUUUAUUUUGUCGGCAGUGAGAAUAUCUGAACUCUCCCCAAGAAAAGGAGAAUUAAGCCUGUGUAUGAAUUUCGCAGAGCGUUUUCUUGCUUUCUGAAACAUUCUGGGACUCGGAUCAUCAUGUUCUUAUUAAGACAUAGUCUCCCCCAUCUUCCCAAACUCCGUGCUACUAAUUUGCCUUCCAAAAAAAAAAAAAAUUGUGCAGAGAUACUUUGGAAGAGUCUGCUACAGCCAUGAUGCACAUAGAUUUUGUACAGUGUACAGCUACACUGGGCGAAGGGCUAACGUGUGCCUUAGAACCACUGCAUGAAAUUUCUUAGGAAGAAAUUCCUUCUGCAUUUCCUCUAUUUCCCUUUAUGCUGAGAAUUUAGAAGGAAACUGAUGGCGGCAUCCCAUUGUCUCCUUAUGGUAGGAAACACAGAUCUUUGGCUGGCAGCAGAUUUUUGCUAAAAGGUUUUUUUACCAGAGAAAGAAGGAAGCCUCGUCUCAUGGCAAGAGUCAGUCAAGCCCACUGGGGGAGGAGCAGGCCACGUUCACUCGAGGUUGCAGUCCUUCGGCUGUGUCCAUACAGCAAAUAAAUAAUAAUCGGAGCUUGGGUGGAAUGGAGCCACUCAAGGCCUUUGCCAGUUGCAGGCAUUCCUGCUUAGGUGUAAUUGAAAUCAAAGGGCUGACAGAAAAAGACAGGAGAGGAACGGAUCUUCAACUCUUGCUUGGUGGAAGCUGAAACUGCAUGUGUGCACGCACACACCCUGGCCCAAAAAGAGCCAUUGCGCCAGAAUUGGUGCCUGUCGGAGUUGAUGGAGAAAAGGUGGCAACGCAAACCCCGGCUGCUCUCCUAAUGGCCGCCCACACGCCGUCGUUCACUGAAGUGGAGAUAUCCCUUGUCACCUCCAGGCCCUGGCGAUGGCGAACCCUACCUGAAAAGACAUUGUUCUUCAGCCAGAAUCAGCCAUGCUGCUUCCAGGGAGCAGUUUAACCCGCUUGACAGAAUGAUUUUCUCUUAGCGCUCAGGGUGGAACCUUUCUCGUUCACUUUUGAUAUUACGGUUUGCAAUAGUUUCGUUUACACGAGUCACGUUUUUGAAACAGCCCUUUUAAAAAGCCAAACGCCUCCGAAGCGUAAGAAGCCAUGUCUCCCUGACGGAAUUAUCUGGGAGGGAAAUAGCUGCAAUUUUAUACCAUGGUCUUAAUUGCCCUUUUUGUGAAGGUGUGCAACUCAGGAGGGAGGGUUGUGGUAGCGUGGAACGUCACAGUAAACUGGCCUGAUGUUAGCAGUGUCCACUUUCUUGAUUAGUAUUGUGAAAAAGCACGUGCAGAUUUUGCUGGUCUGCCCUUGUUCAUCCAAUGCCCAGCAGCGGAUCUGCAGAUCAGUGCCGUUUCCUGGUAGGUGGUCGUACACAAGGCAGGCCUGUGUUCAAGCCCGAAUUAGGCUAUUUCUGUCCUAGGAAGGGAGGCUGGCUCUGUGUCUUAACGAAGAGAAGGGUCAUUUAAGGCAACUUGAUAAUCCUACAGCAGGACAGUUUUCUGGUGCUUUUAGGCCUCAGAUUACAGCGAUUUAGCGUUUGAUGCUGGAAUGAGCCAGUUCUAAACUAUACCGUGCUACCUAUAGCCUCCAAAUGUGCCUGGGAUGCAGAAAAAUGUUACCUUUCUUGCUUCUGGGACAACACCUAAUGUAUCAAGCCUGUUCAACGUUGUUGUACAACUUAGAAUGUGGUUUCAAAACAAGCUUCAGAGCUGAAAAUGGUUACUUUUUCUUGUAGAAUUGCUGUUUUAUAGAAACAAACUUUGGGGUUGCAGUGAUUACUCAUUAAAAAAAAAUUCCUAAA